AUGAAGGCGACAGAUGAGGAAAGAGCAGAGGCAGCCAAGAAGAUCCAGGCCUGGUGGCGGGGCACCCAGGUGCGCCAGAAGCUGCUGCAGAUGGUGCUCAAGGUCUGGAUCAUUCAGAACUGGUGGUGGCGGAUGCUGGCGAGGCAGCUGGAGAAGAGGCGACAAUAUGCUCUGGAGGCCUAUAGGGAGCAGGAGUGGGCGGCAGUAAGGCUGCCGUCCUGGGUCCGCAUGUGGCGCAUCCACCAGCGCUACUGGCGUGUGCUCAACGCUGCCCGCAUGAUCCAGACCUGCUGGCGGUGGUACAUCUACCACACCCGGGGCUUUGUCAGGGGCUUCUUCAGAGUCACAUCAAACAUGCUGCAGACCGAGCUUGAAAUUGUGUAUGGCCCAGAGGCUUGCAAAGUGAGGGAGUGUAUUCCCCUCUCAAUAAAGGAGUGA